AUGUUCGAGAAUUUCUCAUUCCCGUCCCCGUCUUCUACGGCAGAAGGGGACGAUCAACUGAUGCUCGACUGCGAUAGCACGACGAUAUCUCCACUUUCGUCUCGGUGUCCAUCACCCUCGUCCUAUUUAUCAAGACGAUCGCGUCCACUGUCGCGUCCACGAUCGCCAUACAAUCGUCGCCCGCAACAGCCUCCUACAUCCAUGCCGAGCAACUAUGAACAGUCCCAGCGCCGACUUUCGGUCGGCACACUGACUGAGAAGUUGAAUGCACAUAGUUUGGAUCAGAAUUCUGCGUCAAUUUUGGCACAUGUUCCUUACGACUCACCUUUAUCACCGGUCUCUCCGACUUCGUUUUCAUUUUCUGUGACUAAGGAUUCUGCCUCGUCCCGGGGCAGUGUACGAACACUUCUGACCCCACCAGGAGAAUAUGAAGAUGAAGGAUACGACGACCAGUUAACUCCCGGUUGGGAGCCAUAUCACCCUGGACAUUCCCCGACUUCUGUACCACUUGAACACGACGGAUUUCUGGACGUACCACACCACCGUUUCCCGCGGGAACUAAGCCUACGGCUACAACGUCAGCAAAUGUCCCGAGCACAAUGCAAUAUCGACGUUCUCAAACUCGCCCUGCUAGCCGAAGAUUUCACCCGUCGGACAUCCGAGUCAGUAGGCCUCAGUGACGACGAAUGCCACCCUAGUUCUCUUCCACCAAACACUUCCCCGCCAAGUAGCCUUCGACGAGCAUCCAUUAAACCUCGAGGUGGCAGUGUUGUUUCCACAGCGGGGAAUAUACGGUAUCGCUCACGGACGUCAUUAGAUCCCGAUAUGGUGCGAAGGCGCAGUACUUCUUCGGCUGGAACAUUUGCCUCUUCGGCGCGUAUUGCGAAACCACGUGCUCGUGAGCUACUUUCGAAAAAGAGCGAGCAGACCUUGAGACGGAAGAGUCUGGUUUGUGCAACGCUUGCAUCGGCGAUGUAUGAAGCGCCGACGUCUAGGUCUUCGGGUCCUGGACAGUGA